UGGGGAGCGCAGAGACCCAGGAACCCCAGAUGGGGCUAGAGGCAGGAUCAGGCAGCUCUCAUAGGAGAGGGGACACAGAUAAGGACAGACAUGGGGUCCUGGAUCCUGCUGUUGUUCUUCUGGGCCCUGCUGGGAGCAGCCACUGCUGAGCCUCCCAAGGAGCAUGACCCCUUUAACUAUGACUAUCAAUCCCUGAGAAUUGGAGGCCUCAUUUUCGCCGUCAUCCUCUUUCUGCUAGGAAUCCUCAUCAUCCUCAGUCGCCGCUGCCGUUGCAAAUUUAACCAGCAACAAAGGACUGGUGAACCAGACGAAGAGGAAGGGACCCUCCGAAGCUCCAUUCGUCGUUUGUCCACCCGGAUGAGAUAAGGGGCCCAGAGGCUGGUCUCCCUGAGAUGCAGACCCCCCCCCGGAUAUGAGGCAUGAACCCCUCAUCCCCUGCCCAUGCUGCAUAGCUGUAGCACUUAGCCUAGACCUGGCUCCUGAGCUCUGAUUGAAGCCCACAGGAUCUGAGCCAGCCAGCAGGGGGCAGCAGGGACAUGGACAGAUGGACAUACACACACUCUCUCUCUCUCUCACUCCCCCACAGGAAGCAACAAGGGGGCAACAGGGACACAAACACACAGGCUAUGUCUACACUGGCAGCUUCUUGGGUAAGAACAUCUUGCGCAAGAAGACAUCCACACUGCUAUGUGCAAGCUGUGCUUUUGCACAAGAGCAUCCAUGGCAGUGUGGACGCUCUCUCGCGCAAGAAAGCUCUGAUGGCCAUUUUAGCCAUAGGGGUUUCUUGUGCAAGAAAUCCCUGCCGAGCGUCCACACCUCCCUCCUGCACAAGAGGACU